CAGCAUCAUUUGUUUGAAGACAGCCUACAACAAAAAAUUUCCUCCAUCUCUUAAACCUGCACUCAAAUUCUUUGGCUGCAGUGUUUAAUCCAAGAGAGAAGAUAAAGAUUCUUCUUCUUCUUCUUGUAUUAUCAUUCUCUGCCUGAAAAUGGAGACUCUGAAGCUUCCAAUUGGGUUCAGAUUUCACCCCACCGAUGAAGAGCUAUUGCUUCACUACUUAAAGCGGAAGGUUUUGUCUCUGCCAUUGCUCGCCAACGUCAUUCCUGAAUUGGAAGCCUUCCAAUUCAACCCAUCGGAUUUGCCUGGUGACUUGAAGGAGAAGAGAUAUUUCUUCUGCAAGAGAAAGAGGAAUUUGGUGAAUAAAUGCGGCUACUGGAAAUCAAGCGGCAAAGACAAGCAAAUUGUGGCUUCAGGGAGCAAUAAUGUUAUUGGAAUCAAGAAAUCAUUUGUUUUCUAUCAGGAUAGGAAGAUGAAGACUCAUUGGAUUAUGCAAGAACUCUCUCUUGUGGGCUUUCUCAAAACUCCAUUCUUGAAUCAGGUAAUGGUUCAUACAAGCAUUUUAUUUGUGAAAUUUAUGUUCUUGAGAUUUAGUACUACUUGUGUUAUGCAGAGGCUACUGAUGCAAGUGGGAGAUUGGGUUGUUUGCCGUUUGUACCAAAGGAAGAGGAAAGCAAGAGGUCAUGUGAGUGUGACAGUUAGCAAGGGAGCUUCGGUUGCUCAAACGACGUCGCCAUCAUGUUCGAGUGGGAUAACGGACGUCUCUUGUAGUGAUUUAGAUCAGGAAGCAAGUAGUCGUUUUUUGUGAGAGAUUCGCCUGAUUCUGAAAUGGCCUAAUGAAAAUGUAGUCUCAUUUUGUUAUGCAAUUUGGCAAUCAGAAAAUGGAUUAAAUUA